UCUGCACUGUACGCACGCACAGGGGCAGGGAAAGUGCGGAGCAGGGGACAGCGAAAAGAAAAAAAAAUCAACAAAAAAACAGAAGCAGCUUCUGGGUUUUCUUUCAAACGCAUUCCGGCUGCAUCAUUACUAGAGAACAGGAACCCCCAGCCCUUAAAAACCUGUGUGUGCACAUACGCAGUAGAGGAGAAUCAACUCAUAGAAGCUUCUUCUUCUGUAGCACCUGGCACACUUGGUGGACUUGAGAAGGAGGAAGGUGCGCUUGAAGAUCACCUGGGAACAGGUGGAGGAGAACCUGUCACGGCUACCGUCUGCCUCCCAUGUGGGGGAGCUUGACCUGAUGUCAAACGAAGAGUGCCGUUCGCCCAUCGGCCUGGACUGCUGCAGCUGCUGUCUGGAUCUGGCCAAUGGCUGCGAGCCUGAGCCGGGCCGAGAGGGUCACACCAGCCUGGGGAGCCCUACGUCCGUCAACCAAUUCAGACAGCUCCGAGACCAGCUUCACUUUCAGAACCUAAACACAGAUAAGCUCAACAACAUCAUGAGACAGGACUCGCUGGAGUCGGUGGUCCGCGACCCCUGUUACCUGCUCAACGAGGGCAUCUGCAACAGCAACAUUGACCAAACCAUGCUGUCCAUACUGCUGUUCUUCCACAGUGCCUCUGGCGCAAGCGUUGUGGCAAUUGACAACAAGAUCGAGCAAGCAAUGGAUCUUGUGAAGAAUCACCUAAUGUAUGCAGUCAGGGAGGAAGUUGAGAUCUUGAAAGAGCAGAUUAAGGAACUGGCAGAAAAGAACAACCAGUUGGAGCGUGAGAACAGCCUGCUGAAGAACCUGGCGAGCCCAGAGCAGCUGGAGAAGUUUCAGUCACGUCUGCCCUCAGACUCCAGCCUCCCCCUGGAGCCUCUGGAGCUGGGGUCCCCCGAGGACGGCGAGCACCAGUACAACAGCACGGGAUCUGCUGUAUAAGUGGCUCUGCCAUGGGGCGGGCAGAGCCACAGCUCUCACCUGAAAUGGACCUCCAAAUAUGCAACUUCAAGAUGAAGCUGGCUGUACAGAUGAAAACCUGACCUGAAAUGAAAGCAUUGCGACAAGUGGCCUAGUUCAGUAAUAUCUGACAAUCUCUUCGGACUAACACUGAAAAGAGAGAGUGAUGUAGACGUCUGAGGUUACUGUACAACGGGACUGAAGUGCCCCUUGCUAUGAAGGUGGCCCAGCCUUGCUUUCCCUUGGUCCCUCUCACGAAGAGACGGAGAGUGGUUUGCCUGAUGGUGCUGGCCGAGAGCUCAUCUUUGGCCUAUCCAAGUCAAGCCAAGGAAAUGUAUACGUCCCUGCGAGAGAGCCCCUCCUGACGCACGAUAUACGGGACUCACUUCAUGCCCUCCAUGUCAUUGAUCCCUAGUGCUGUGGACAGCUCUUAGCUCCCAUGGUUAAGGACGUUCGAGAAGGACCUGUAUGCUGCGCUGCUCCUCUCGUCCACAGCAGUGACUCCUGCAAUUUGAUUUGUAUAGCAUCGCUUGUGUCUCUGCAGAUGGGGCCUGCUUCUUAUGGGGAUUAUUGCUUGUAUGUGUUUUGAAACGGAACAAAAACAAGUUGUUUAUAUGGGCUAUGUGUAAAGUGUUUUUUUUUUUUCUUACUGUGGGAAUUAAUCUGUAUACAUUUGCAUAGUUCUGUAAAUUAGUGACUGAUGUAAAGAGAAAUGUUCUGAAAGAGAGGCUGCGAAUGUUCUGCUGACCUGUCGAACAUCUGUUCUAUUGACCUAUGCCAACCAACUAACAGGCACAACGGUGUCUGAAGAGGGCCACAUGUUUUCGAAUGAACUACCAAAGACUUCGCUAAUACUCACAAGCCAACAGGACCAUGUGGAACUUUCCACAGGGAGAAGAUUUUUGACCGCAGUCUUUUUGAAACAUGGGUAUUGUUGCUUCAUUGUGUCCAUGGUAUUUUUUUUUGUAACAAUUUAUGGAUGCAAAAUGCACAUUGCAAUAAACCUUAUGUUUACACUAAA